CAAUCAGACGGAACAUGCUACCUUGGUCUCGCAUCACACACAGCGCUGCUACAAUACUCAAAGGUGUCUCACGCACACGAUAGUGAGCUAGCUACUGGAAGAUGUCAUUGGUCGUGCCUCCGCCGCGGCCGAGCUGGUGCCACUUCUGGAUGUCUUCGAUCUUGUGUGUGUCCACCUGCUGGACUGUGUCCUCCACUAUGGUCAUCAUGUCCUCCAUACACACCUGAAUACACACAUAUAUUGCAAACACCUGUAUUGAUUGUCGAUUUAAUGCAGUGUGGAGGGGCGUACCUGUUGGUCCCAGGGGCAUCCAGCAAAAUGUUUGAUGAAGUCCCCCUUCUGCCAGCCAUACCCAUGCCACGCCUCCCCAACAGAAGGCAGAUACGCAUUCAAAUGAGACUGAACCACGCACACACAGACAGAGAAAGACAGAGACCACUCUCCUUGCAGACAGACAGCGACCUGUCUCUGUCACUCACUCACCUGGUGGACGAACCGCACUUGUGUUGGUAAUUCGCUGUCCAGGUCGCGUGUGUGGUGCGCCUCGGCGACCUUGGACACGUUCAUGAGCAGUGCGGGGGGCCCCACGAUCUCCCACAGCAUCAUCGACUGGUCCCACGCAAUGUCAUGGGGGUUCAUUAUCACACGCUGCAAUGCAUCCAUCCCAUCCAACACACACAUAGAAAUAAACGCCACCAAUGAAAGCCGGCGGGGCGGGCGAAUGGAUGGGAGCAGACCUGGAGGAAUUCUAGCGUCCAGUUAGACUGCUGGAAAAUCAUGACACCCGUGUUGAUGCCUGAGGGCUCCUCUGCAACAAAAACCUCGCCACGGCCGUCCACACCGGGCCCAAGCAUCUUCUCUCCGUAAGAGUACACGAUGGCCUGGCGGACACAAUUACAUAUACGUCCCCAUUCAAUGGCGGCGCUUCCUUCCUUGUCAGGCGGAACAUCUCCCUACCUCCACUGGGAGUAUGAGGUCAGUGAAGAAGGCGUCGCAGUCAAUCCACAGCAGGAUGUCGGGUGGAGGAGCCGCCGGAGUCUCAUGAGUGGACAAACCUGCAGGCAGAGGAGAUUGCCGUCCAUCACGCGUGCAUCAUGCAUGGCCGCUGUGUGUGUGUGUGUGAGACCGGCGAGUCUUCUGUAGGAGAGAACCAGCUUGCUGAAGUGAGCAUCACGGUCUGCAGCGGAGAAAAGUACACACAAGAUGAGAUGGCGGUAUGUAGGCAAAGAGGGAGGGUGUCACUCACCUUCCACUGGCAGUCUUUUGUGGUGAAAGUACUGAUACCCAUGGAUGUCCGCAUACAGCUACACACAUACGGCAGAACACAAGUCGAAGUACCCGUCACAGCGGCACAACGUGUGUAAGCGUCCCUGCCCACCUUAUGAUUGGUUGUGGCUAGCUGUGGCAGGGGCGCCCCAGGGGGAUAGACACAAAGGUCAUGCACCUACAGACACGCACACACAGCCCACACUACCACACAAUAUAUAUACGCACACUGAAGCAGGCAGGCACAUGGGUCUCCAUCUCCCUACCUCUACAGUUGCGUGGGCGAGUCGGUGUGUGGUUGGCGGCGGCUCGAGAUCAGGAGGGACCAGCCCCAGCUUCGUGUGCAGGGACACCAACGCGCUGCUGUAAUGCACCUGCUGGUAGGGGUUGUAUCGCCGUUCGUAUCGGUUCUCAGGCACGCCGAUGCACAGGUCUGUCUUGUUGACCUCCUGACCCUCAGACGAAAGGCAGUUGUACCAGCGACUCAUGGCCUGAAGAAAGGAAAAACACAGCCAACAAUGAUGGAACAAGCUUUGCGCUCUGUCUGAGAUACUCACCCGAAUAUGGAAUAAGUUGCCGAGCCGCGCGAGCCCCUGACCUCUAUGGUACUGCUCCAGAGAGGCGGCCAGGUCCGAUGCACGGGAGAACCACUCAGCUGCCAAUUGAGGGCAGGCGCGAGGGAGGGCAGGCUCGCUGGACAUCACUGCUAGGCUGAUCAGCAUGGCCUGAAGGAACACAAAAGAAGAAAUACCCUUGUGGAUGGAUGGAUGAAUGCCUUACCUGGAGCGAUUCGAGAGGAUGGGAUACGUAGGUCAUGGCGUGAGCCCUAAGCAGUCCUGCCAUGACGACCGUCCAGUCCUGCGCUACAGCAUCUUCCAGCCGAGGACAGUCCUCCUCGAGGAUCUGUGUCGCCACCAUCGAAAAGGCGCCUGGAUCUGGCGCGCGCACAGCUGCCUCAGCGUCCUCCACCGGAGGGAUCUCUUGCUGCUGGACGGGCUCCUGUGGCUCAUCUUUGGCGUCAUGGCUCUCCAGGAUGGAUCCCAGAUCAGCUCUGAAGGGCUGCAGUUUCGGGAUCUGGCCAGGGCGAUGUGCCGCACCGGGGAUUGCGAAGGACGACAGCUGAGGACGGACAGCAGGGAGGAAGCACAGGAACGUGAGAAAAUGGCUCAUCGCGCGACUUGGCU